UCUUGUGCUUAAACUCGACAUUGGCAGUAUGUAUCUGAGCGGUUUUCCGCCUCGAUGCACCGUCAAACUAUCCAAAUGACACACGGCAGCAAACUAAGUGUAAGUCAUUUCCGAAUUAAGCUUGCAAUUCCAUGCUGAGCCUUUCCCAAAACCGAAGUAGUUACCGUAAUGAAUUUACAUUACCAUACGGGGUAGGGAGGCGUAAAAAUAAAACAAAUUUCCUCCCAUCAAAAAGAAAGAUGUGUAGCAGUUUUCACUCUAUAUGGCUCACAAACAUAUGUUCAGUCAAUGUCACCAGACGAAGAUGCAUUUCACCCACCCAGCUAAGAACAAUCAGUAAAGCCUGGUUGCACUUGGUUGCACCCAAACGGAGGGAAGUUGAUGCUCCAGUUUUUUAACGGAAAGCUUCCGAAAGUUGGCUGGCGCCAGUUGCCUUACAAAAUGCAUCUGCAGCAGAUGUUCAGCCAUUGCGCCGAGGUCUCAGUUCACACAUCGGCUGUGCUUGUGCUAGGUCUGGUGACCAUUUGGCUAAUUGAUCCUGGCCACAGUGAGUGGGUUGAGAUUCCGUUCUUACAACCGUCGUCGGCAAUAAGUAGUAGCACGACCCCAACUACAUCUCCUUCAACGGUUGUGUCCCCUGCUCAGAAGAUCACCCGGGGUCCUGCCGUGGUGGUCCGAAGGAAUCAACAUGUCAAGCACCGACCCUCUUUUAUGACCAGUUCCAAUUUUAUACGCGAUGUCCUACCGGAAGUUGUUGCCAGUGAAGUGGAUAAUGUUAGUGCGGAAGAUCAGCAAAGCUACCAUCAGCAACAGUACUCGACCGGGGGUGUUUCACUUUUACGAAAACCGCGACCGCGGCCACGUCCUGGAAGUUCCGCUGGAAGUGAUCAUUCGGUUCCAAUUUUCGUCAACGAUCGGGUAGAUUUUCAGGAGUUUGCGCAAAGCGCCGCGAGUGUUUUCACCAGUACGACGACAACAACGUCGACGACUGAGAGUAGUGUCAUACAUUCCAUCAAUCGGGAUGAUCCCCAGGAUUUCCAAUCCUUUCGGAAGCGCUUCCACGAGUACAGCCGGAUCAAUGUGUCCGACAAACUGUCCUGGGUCCCGGAUCGCGAUGAGCCGCAGUCCCAGCAGAGCCUCUUCGUGACCGGUAAUCGACGGCCCCAGGUCUCAACGACCCCUCUGAUAAUGUUUACCUCCGAAACGGAACCGGAAGAUGACGGAGGAUAUCCUCAACCUUUGCCGAGCAACAAGUACGAGGAAGAGUCAAUCGAGUACCUAAAUCUACCACCGCCCGAUACUUCCGCCGGUGUCCAUCACGUACCGUUGGUCGUUUCCAAUUAUUCGAGUGAACAGGAUCAGGAUCAGAACCAGCCACACUACUCAACCACCCUGGCUAAUCGUCUCGAGUUCCGUCCGGUGUUUUCCUCAUCCGAUUCCACUCCACUGAUCGAAGAAUCCUCGGAAAGUGGAAGCAGUGGAGUGGAAUCCCUCGAGAGCGCACCUCCAGAAUUGGUUCAAGCAGCCGGAGGAGGUUACGAUAUUCACCAGUUUCACGAUUUUGAUGACUACGAAGCCCAGGAGGAACAAACCACAGGCGGUGGCGGCUAUUAUCAAAAAUAUCUCAACGACAGUUCCUCCUUUACCAAUCCUUUCAAGCGGAAACGUCGUCCGACGUCGACAACGAGUCAGGAAAGUCAGGAAAAGCCGAGCCGGGUAACGAUCGUGCGGGUCAUUCCACCGAGGCGCAGGAUUCGACCGAUCGAAGGUGCUGCGGAGGAUCUAGAUCCACAAACCACCACGGCAGCGGCCGGUGCUGCCGGAGGUUUCGUUCAGUUCUUGAAGUUCCUGAAACGGAUGCAGGACGGAUUUAUGCUGAAAACGGCCAAAACCAUCGGUGAAAAGAUCAAGGUGUUGCAGAAAUUGAAAGAUCAGAUACUGUUGAGUAUUGAAAAACGGAUGAGGGCACUGUGGGGUAAUCGACCGUUACGUGGCAGGAAUGGAACCACCAAUAGCGGACCCAAUCGUCGCCAGCGGCGUAGUUUCAUCGAAGCGGGAGGAGAGGGGAUGGAGUUCCCGUCGGCCGAGGGGGCCCUGAUGACCAUUUCGUUUCUGACGUUUGCCGUUUUUCUCAUCAAGUUGGUCCUGCAAGUGAUCAACACCAUCAAGGCGAAGCACUACACGUACAACAUGUUGACGGGUUUGACCGGUGCCGUGAAUCCGGCCACGUUAAAGAUUGUGAAGCGAAUCGGCCGAGCCGCGGGACCACAGGACUCGUACAAUCAGCGCCAGGAGCACUUCACGAUGGACGAAGACGAUUUGCUUUACUGGAACAACCACAACAUGAACAUUUUCAGCGCGAUCAACGAUUUCAAAUUUUCCGGUAGGUAGGGUAGUUUGAUGAGUCAUCCCGUAGAACCAUUUUAAAAGUGUUUCUAGAAGUAAUAAAAAUAUA